AUGGCGGACCAAGUCAAAUAUACGCAGAAGCUCAAAGACGCCAAGGUCUUGGUGAUCGGAGGCUCUUCAGGCAUUGGGUAUGGCGUGGCAGAGGCUCUCGUUGAGAAUGGCUGCAUUGUCACCAUCUCAGCAUCCAACCCGGACAGAGCAAAGCAGACAGUUGAUCGAUUGACGAAGUCGUAUCCUUCAGCAAAGAGCCGCAUCCACGGCGAGUCCUGCAAUCUCGGUGACGCUUCGAAAUUAGAUGAUAACAUUAAGGCAUUAUUCGAAAGGGUCGGCUCACUCGACCAUGUCAUCAACACUGCAGGCGACUCUUUGGAGAUCAUGAACCCCGACGACAUCACCAUGGACAAGAUCAUGAAGGUUGGUACUGUCCGCUUCUUCGCCCCCAUAUUCAUAGGCAAGCAUGCGCCCAAGUACCUUUCGAGCGGCCCUCGUUCUUCCAUCACAUUCACGACCGGUUCCGUGUCGGAAAAGCCAAUUGCGAAUUGGUCCACCAUCGGCGCAUUUGCUACUGGUUUGCACGGGCUUACUCGUGGACUCGCACUCGAUCUCAAACCCAUCCGAGUCAACCUCAUCAGCCCUGGCCCCGUCGAUACUGAGCUUUGGAACUCAAUGAGUGAGGACCAAAGAUCGGCCAUGAAGGAGAAUCUUCGGAAGAGUCUGCCAACAGGCAGAAUUGGGAGUGUUGAGGAUGUAGUGGAGAGCUUCCUGUACGUGAUGAAGGACGCGAACAUCACGGGCGCUGUAGUCUCGACGAGUUCCGGUAGCCUUCUUGUGUAA